UGUUGUUAUAACGGUGUUUUGAAUAUAAUUUUUAUUGUAAGAUUGUCUGAAACAUGUAUAAGAUAGUCCUGUGCCCUGUCAUUUAAUUUAAUAUAUAUAGGGAAACAUGAAGCAGGCAGUUGAGGGAUUUGUACUGCCAUAAAGAGUUAAGAAAUUAAAAUUUGGGUUGUAAUCGCUAUGAUAAUUACGAUGCCUGAGUUGUAAGACUAGCCAUCAAGUCCUGCGAUGUGUGUGUAAAAUUACUUUUCAGAAGCAAAUAGAAGCCAGACCUUAACAGAACACUGAGAGGCCUCGACAUGUAUACAUGUGUACCUGAAUAUGAGUGUAAUGAAUGUUGCAAAAUCGUUCCAACAAUUUCAUUUAUGCAUUAUUUAAUGUUGAAUCGAAGCAUGGUAGGGUGAAGACGAAGGGGAGUGCAGAAGAUCAAGAAUCAAAGAGAAAGGAAAGAGAGAAGAAGACGAAAUUAUACCGAUUAGGUAUUGAUAGAGCUUUCACAAAGCAUCAAGCAGGAGAAUAUGAUGAGGAAGCCCUAGCAAUUACUGCACAACUCCUGACAGCCAAUCCUGAUAUUACUACACUAUGGAACAUCAGGCGGGAGGUCCUACUCCAUUUCAGGGAUGUAGAUCAGCGAACUGAAGGAGAGAUACAGGACAAAAUGCAGGGUGAGCUACGUUUGAUUGAACAAUGCUUUCGUGCCAAUCCUAAGUCAUAUGGUGGUUGGCACCACAGAAGAUGGGUGCUAGAUAAUAUGCCAGUACCCAUUUGGGAGCAGGAAUUGGCAUUAUGUAGCAAGUUCUUGGAACUGGAUGAGAGAAACUUUCUUUGUUGGGAUUAUCGUCGUUUUGUGGUGGAAAGAUCACAAGUUCCUGCUGCAGAUGAGUUUGAAUUCUCUAGCCAGAAGAUAUUGAGCAACUUUUCAAAUUAUUCAUCAUGGCACUAUCGCAGCCGACUUUUGCCAUGUAUAUAUCCAGACCCUAUGGGGAAAUUACCCAUUGAAGAAAAGAAACACAAGGAAGAAUUGGAGCUUGUUCAGAAUGCUGCCUUUACUGACCCAAAUGAUCAGAGUCCAUGGUUCUACCAGCGAUGGUUGCUUGGACGCACCUUGCAGCCACUCAUGCUAUCCCAGGUUCACAUUUUCCGUGACCUAGUCUGUGCCUCACUGAAUCAUAGCAUCACCUUUACUGGUAAUAACUCUGAGAUGCAUUUGGAAAUAACAGUGGAAGGGCAGAAUUUUCGUACUACUUGGAAGAGCACCAAUGGUCAGCAGUACUCCCACGUCUGGAUUUCCUCUCUACCAAAGGAGCUGUUUCUAGGAGACAAAUCAACUGUAGUCGUGUCCUUAUACAGGGGAACUGCUCUUGUACAUUAUUUGUCAUUUAAAUCAGAAGAUCUUCAAGCCAGCGUCAAGCCACAGUUCAGUGCUGGGUUCAGUGAGGGCAUCACUUCAGUUCUACAGGAUGAACUUGACUCCUGCAUGAAACUUCUUGACUUGGAACCAGACAGCAAAUGGACGCUGCUGACAUCUGUGCUGCUAAUGCAAGCUAUUGACAGGCAAAAGUACCAGGAUGACACAUUUUCUAAACUGAGCCAACUUAUUCGUGUGGAUCCUCAUCGUAGUGGCUACUUCAGGGACCUGUGGAGCCGAUAUAAGAUGGAAUAUGCCAUUGAUAAGUACAGUGAGUCAAAGCAGAAUAUUGACUUGUCAUGCCUGAACCUGACAUCCAUGUACCACUGCCAUUAUCUGAGUUAUGUGCACACAGUGGACCUUAGCAACAACAAUCUGAGCUGCCGCUCACUACCUCAGCUUCACCCUCUUCAGUGUUGCCAGGUCCUGAAGCUGGAAAACAAUAACAUUGAAAGUCUGCGUGGGAUGCCCACGCUCAUGUCAUUGCAUAUCCUGUCGCUGCGAAGCAACAUCAUCAGUAGUGCAGAAGAAGUUAAGUUCCUGCAACUCUGCACACAUUUGUCCUCAGUGGACUUAAGUGAUAAUCCUGCCGCAAAAGAUGAAAUGCUUCAAGAGUUGGUAAAAACAUUCCUUCUAUCAGUAAAGAUGUUGAACAUGAGCCCACUAUAACCACAUCUGAAUAGUAAAUAAACUUUAUCAUAUGUCAUUCCACAGGAACAAUACUGUUUUUGUUUUAACAGUGAAUCACAUAAUGAAAUGCCAACUUUAUAUGUUUACAUUUUGUAUUCUGUUAAAUAGUGAUGAGUGCAUAAGUAAUUACUGAUAUAUAUAUAUAACAAAACAAAUGAAUUGAUUAACUUUUUUACUUUCAUCAUGCACAGAUAUUCAUACUUGGGCAUUCUACCUCACACCUUAAAUUUUACAACUUCUGCUGCAAUCACAUUUUUCCUUUGUAGGAUUUAAGGUUACUAUGCCAGGAAAACUCUUUCCUUCAUGCAUUUUCUGCAGCUGCAAAGGCAAAACUUCAUUUUCCCCCUUUGAAGAUUCUUGAACAUAAUUGUCUAGCAAUUAGAUGUCAACAUUAUUAUUUUUAAUUUUGUAGCUACUCGAAGACGAAAGAACUACAAUAAAUUGUUGCACUUA